AACGCAUCGAGUCGGGGGAGUAGGUUUGCUGAAUAUUCACACAUUAAGCAUGAGAGACACUAACAUUACCAUUCUCAUUCUUCUUCCUUUAAUCGUCUUCUUUUCUCUUAACGGACAAAUUUUUCGCUUUGCCGAGGGAGGGAAGCGGAAAAUCCACAUCACCGACGAUCUAGACGACGUGAUCGACGAUGAGGAGGACGAGGCAUGGAAACAAUGGGGCAAAACACCAACAGCUCCUUCUUCCGAUGAAUUUGAUCCACCUCCCUCCGAUUUAACCCACAUGGACAUUUCUCAGAUACAGGAGUUGAUGAUGAAGCAGCAGCAUUUCGGUCCGGUUUUUGGAUUUGUUAAGCUCCGUUUGGGUGUGCGCAGGACUCCGGAUAUGGUGGCUGAGACUGCUAUGAAAUGGACAAAAGUACUAAGAACUGGAGCGGUUGAGGUGAAGUUUAAUGGUGUUGAUACAAGCACAAUUAUGUUCACCAUGGAAAAAGGUCAACAAGCGAUGGAGUUGAAGGAGUUCAUCUUAAGCGAACCAGAGGCUUAUGAGAUCAAGAUUGGGGAUCAAAUUUUUCGAAGGCCUGGAGACCCUCCUUUAGAUGAAGUUAUCAACAAGCUUCGGAGUAAGGACAAAGCAGAUGGUACUUCUCCUUCAAAGGAUGAUGAGCAUCCAAAAGACGAAUUGUAGUUUAUUGGGAACCUCCCAACAUUCAACUAGUUACUAGACAUAAAAAUCAUAACAGUAAGUCAUUGUACAUUUGACCUUGUUUUGAUUGUGACCCAUAACCUUAAACCCUCCACUUCUUCCCAGUUAACGUUGUAGCCUCUGAUCUCAUUGAUCUCUUAUCUGAUUCUGUUGUUAUAUAUAAUCCUAGUUCAGCUUA